GUCUGUUCCGCACACCUAGUGAUUUGCCGGACAUCCACCAUGAAACACUAUUAUUGGGCAUCGUCGUUGUUGCUCUUCGCCGUCGUCCAGUACUCGGCCGUCGCGUUCAAGAUACCAGGAUUAUCGUCGAGCUCCUCCAACCGUUCGCCACCACCGACGGCCGGUAACAGGGCGACCGCGGCCAAUGUCGGCGGCCACAGGGGACCGGAAUCCGAAUACAUGGGACCGGUGUUUAUAAUCAGAGAACUGGACAAGGAGAAGGGCGAGUACGACGCGUUCGUGACGACCGGUGGCAUACAGGAAGUGCGUCCGCCGCCGAUGAGCGAUCGUUCGCUUCCACCACAGCACGGCGGCAAUCAUCAGACCGCGGGUAACAGGGACGACGAGGACGCCGAGCAUUUUGGUGUUCUGGUCACACCGGAAACGGUCAAGCGGCUGAACGGAGACGAGAAGCUGAGGGCGUCGUCCAUCAACGUGACCAUGGCCGUGCUCCUGUCGGCUGCCUCGUCGCGGAUGCCCUGGCUCCUAGUCCUGCACCGCAAACACUAUCCGCACCUGUUCGAGUACCAGCAACAGCAGCCCUCCCAGCCACACCAGUACCAGGUGCAACACCCACCUCACCAGCAACAGCAAUACCAGCAACAGCAAUACCUUCAACCGGCGCAGUCAGACACUGUGCAGACGGACGGCGUCCCGGGACUGCAGAACCCGCAGAUCCCGCAGCGCCGCCGGUACCAGGCGGACAGACAGCGCCGGUCCGUCCUGCAGUACGACGACGCCCGCACGCUGAUGGCGUACGAGAACCAGCUGCUAUCCACCAUGUGCUACAACUUCGUCCGGGACUACUACUCGGCCGAACAGCCGCCAUCGAGGCGACUACCGAUCGCUCUGGCCGACGUCGCCGAUUACGGCGACGACAGGCGGCAACCACCAGAACCGGAACAUUACGGCCGGUAUCGGCAGGACGUCUUCUUGGACGCCGACGCUUACGCAGCCGCGGCAACCGCGGGCCCUUCCAAUCGCAUCCAGAAGUCGUCGCAGCCGCCUCUUCCUCAGCCGGUGUCGUCAUCCAUGACCGCGGACCGGCCGGGAGAGGAGCAGCAGUCCGCCGACGGAUUGGUCGACGGCAUGACGAUCCCAAAACGCGUCUCAUCCUAGACUCGAACCGUCAACCACGGCGAGGUGGCAGCGUCGCGUUUUUAUUUUACGAUUUUCUGUUUUUCCUCGUUGCCAGUAGCUUAGUACACAGUUUCUCGCCGGAAAUCGCACCCGUGCGUUUCCCCAGCGCCGACCCCCCCUGCGCAUAUUAUUAUCAUCAGCUGUUAUUCGCUUAUUUUUUUCUAUUCCAUUUAUCACGUCACCACCGAUAACAUAUUAUUAAGGCGUAUAAUAUUAUAUUUUGUCGUGUCUCGUCGUCGAAAAUGUUCAUUACGAUAUACCUAUAAUAUUAUUAUAAUAAUUAUUAUUGUAUAACGCGCGAUUAUAAUACUAUUAAUAUGACUAAUAUAUAUAUAUAUACAUGCUAUACGU